CGGGAGUUUUCUUACGAGCUGUCAUCGGUGCCCCGCGCUCCCUCCCUGCUGGCCCCAGGCCUUGUUAAGUGAGAGAAGAAACGAUCAAGCACAACUCCCAAAUUUUGAACCCAGGAAGAAUGGGUUGGACUGACAAGCCAAAGACAGAGCUAGUGAAGGAAGAAGAAACACGUUUAAAGGGAAAAGAUAAAUAAAUUUUUGGACAUAUGGUAUCUGAGGAGAUGCCCUGUAGGCAGAUGUGAGUCUGGCAGGAGUUUUGGAAGUCAUUGGAAAGAAGGCAGUGGUUGAAGCCUGAGGUAGCCUAUAGAGUUUGCAAGAAAGAGAGAAGAGAGAAGUCCAAAUUCUCAAGGAUUUCAGAAAAGGAAGGGUCAAUAAUAAUGGAGAGAGAUAAAGAGGAGAAUUUCAUUCAUCAGAUAUUUAUUGCUGAGAAUCAGAUUGGAGCAGAGCAAGCAGAUCAUCUGGGAGUCUUCAUUGCCUUGCAUUCACCCGAGAUGAAGGAAAUGAGGAUCAGAAAAAUGAAGUGAUUUGUCAAACCUCUAUCAAGUCUCAGAGUGGAAACCAGAUCUCCUGAAUCCAGGUCUCCUGAAUCCAGGCACCGUGCUCACACAAUCUCUUCAUUUGGGGAGACAGAGCUAACAGAUUUACUCCAGGUUCUACAGAUGCAAUGACUCAGCAGUCCCAGGAUGAGUUUGACAGCAGUGUAGAGAGUGCCCAGGAGUGGAUGAAGGCUGUACAGGAACGACUGCAAGUUAAUGACAACACUCAAGGCCCCCGAGCUGCCCUAGAAGCCAGACUGAGAGAGACAGAGAAAAUAUGUCGCCUGGAACCAGAGGGACAAAUGAAGAUGGACCUGGUUCUUAAAUCAGCAGAAGCUCUACUCAGCCAUUGCACUGAAGAACAGAAGCACAAGAUCCUGGCCAGGCUGAAGGACAUUAAAGCCCAGUGGGAAGAAACAGUCAUCUACAUUACUCACUGUCACAGCCGGAUUGAGUGGGUGUGGCUGCACUGGAGUGAAUAUUUGCUGGCCCAGGAUGAAUUUUACCGGUGGUUCCAAAAGAUUAAAAUGACCUUGGAGACCAGUGUGGAGCUGCAAGUGGGACUAAAAGAAAAGCAGUGGCAACUUAGUCACUCACAAGUCCUGCUCAAUAACAUCCUGAACCAGUCCAUCCUCUUGGAUAGGCUGCUAGAGGAAGCAGCCUCCUUGUUCAACAGGAUAGAAGACCCCAGUGUAGAUGAAGAUGUCCAGAAAAGGAUGAAGGGAGAGUAUGAAAAGAUAAAGGCCCAAGCCCAGGAAAGAGUCAGCCUACUUGAGAAGAUAACCAAGGAACAUGAGCAGUACAAGGCAAACGUGGACCAAUUUCACUUGUGGCUAAAUGGGGUGAUGGAAAAAGUGAACACCUCUCUAGGAAGAAGAUGCAAGAUGUCUGCUAAGCAGCAGCUUAAAAUUUUACAGAAUUUCGCUAAAGAUUUUCAGAGCGGUGAGAAGUCAUUAAAGAAGCUUGAGGAUCAUUCUGUUGGGGUUAUCCAGAAUACCUCUCCUAUGGGAGGGGAGAAGAUUACUAAUGAGCUUGAAGACCUAAGAAAAGCCCUGGACAAGCUGAAACUUUUUUGCAAGGAGGAAGAGCAGAGGAUCCUAAAGACACUGAAGUCAGAGGGGGCUUAUGAGAUGCAGGCUAAACAGCUGGAAACUGAAGUCAGAGAAUUCAGGAAGGAGCUACAGAGACUAGAGGAGGACCUGGAACCUGGGGAGAAAGCAAGAGAUGAAACAGAGAUGAUAGCACGCUGGAGAACUUACUCUGCCACCAGAUCGGCUCUGGCAGCAGAAGAACCCAAGGCUGAAAGACUGAAGUCUCAACUUAAGGAACUUGUCCGAUUUUACCAUGAUUUGCAGCCCCUCUCAGACAGUGUUGUAACUACCAUGCAAGAGUUCCAAAGGGUUAAAGAGAAUUCCUCGAAACUAAGAAAUCGUUCUGGGACAGACCUGUGGCAGCACUUUCAGCACCCACUUCAGGAGUUCCAGCUGUGGAAGGCAUUGGCCCAGAGACUUCUGGCUAUCACUGACAGCCUCCCAGAUCUCCCAUCAAUACAUACGUUUUUGCCACAGAUUGAGGCAGCAUUGGCUGAAAGCUCACAUCUGAAGGAACAACUGAUCAUGUUAAAACUGAAGAAGGAUUUACUGAUCAGCGUCUUUGGUGAGGAAAGGGCACAGUCUCUCCUGGAAGAGGUGGCCAAUACUAUCAGGGAGAGAGACCUGCUGCAUAACAGUCUCUUGCAAAGAAACAGCAAAUUGCAAAACGCAGUAUCUCAGCACAAUGACUUUGAUACUGCAUUUGAACCACUGCAGAAGAGAUUAGCCGACCUCUACAGCAGAGCAGAAGCAGAGAAGAAGUUUCAGCAAGACCUCCCUAGUAAGCAGGCCCAACUCCAGCGCUUGCAGCGGAUCCAAGAAGACUUGCAAGGGCUUGAAGUUCAGAUCGAAAACCUGAAACCCCUAGUUCAGGCAAAUCCCAAACACCAGCAUAAAAUCAGUCAACUUUUGUCUGAUUAUCGGACCCUGAAGAGGUCUUUAGAGAUAACUAUGGAACAAAGGCAGCAGCAUGUUCGGGAGCAGUGGACAUUCAAUCACAAACUGUGGGAGCUCCAGCAGUGGAUUGGGUUGGCCAAACAAAAGCUGGAAUCCUACCAAGGGGAUAAAGACCAGUGGAAGGUGGAUGGCCAGUCUGUAGAAGAUAUUGAGAGGCUGGUGGCUGAAUUCCCUGAUAAGGAGGUACAAUUGCACUUGAUUGAAGCUCAUGGCCAACUGGUAAUGGAGACAUCAUCUCUUGAAGGAGCAGCUCUUGUUCAGGGGGAAUUAAAGGAACUGACGGAGUCUUGGAAGGCUCUGAAGUUGCUUGAAGAAACAUUGUUAAGCCUCAUCAGGAAGUGGCAGCUAAAAAAUAAGGAGCUGGAUCCAGGGAAGAAAUUGAUUUUUUCCAACAAUAUCCCAAAACAUGGGUUUCUCAUAGAUUCUGUGGAUUCUAUUCCUCGACACCGGGGUAAGGGAAAUCCUACACCCAAAGAAGAAGAAGAAGAAGAAGAAGAAGAAGAAGAAGAAGAAGAAGAAGAAGAAGAAGAAGAAGAAAAUAAUGAUAAUUUCUCCAAACUUCUGAAAGACUUUGAACAGUGGUUGCAAGGAGAAAAUACCAAGUUGAUCAAGAUCAUUGCCAUGAAAAAUUCCACUGUUAAGGACUCAGAAAGAAGACAAGACAAACUGAAGGAGCUGCAAGAUAGGCUCCCAGAUGGUCAGCAUCUUUUUGAAAAUCUUCUUCAUCUCCGACCAAAGAAAGGGACCUGUGAAAACUUGGAGGACCUCCGCUAUCGCUGGAUGCUCUAUAAAUCAAAACUCAAGGACUCCAGCCAAUUGUUGGCUCACAGUCCUCUUGGGAAGCCAAUGGGAUUCAGAAAGAGUCGUCCAAGAGGACUGUGCCCCUUCCUCCAUCGGGUAUGCUGUGUAGCCUUACCCCUUCAGCUCUUCUUGCUGUCCCUGCUCUUGCUUCUGUUGCUGCUGCCCCUGGGACAAGAGCGGUGGAGCUGCGCCCUUUCCAACAACUUCGCCCGUUCCUUCAAGCUAAUGCUGCGCCAUGAAGAACAAAUAGAGUAACAUCUCAUUUAUCUGGAAAUCAAUUCUCUGCUAUCUGGACUCAACAUAGAACUUGAAAGGAAACCCAAAAGAAAAGUCUCUGAACAGCUAAAAUAGAUACAUGCACUACAGUUCAUGCAUUUUAUUUAUGAGAGCCCCUCUGGCUCUUACUCAGAACUUACUUACUCUUAUUUUUUAUAAAAUUCAAACCAGUGAUUGAAGCACUCUAAAAUGUGGGUUUGUAUUGUUGUUAACAUUAUUAUUAUCAUCUAGUUUUCCAGCUCAACCCAGAUUAGAAGCAGGAAAUGACUAUCUUCCCAUUAAAUGGCAUUUUACGUUUUACAGAAUGCUUUCCUCCCAACAAUCCUAUGAUUCAGGUAGUUCGGGUAUCAUGGGAUCUUAGAUCUAGAGCUGGAAAGGUCAUCUUUUCCAGCCCCUUCAUUUUACUGAUGUAGUAACUGGGAUGCAGAAAUUAAGUGAUUUUCCAAGGUCAAACAGGUCACAAGUUUUGGCUGAAACUCAGGUAUUCUGGCAUUAAAUCCAUUGUUCUUUCCAAGGAGAGAAAGGCUUAGAUGUGCCUUUCAGAAAGCUCAGAGCCUGUAACCAUUCCAGGUAGAUACAAAGAGCCCUGAAUAUUUCAGGGGCCCUUGUGAGUAUCUCCAUAGCACCCAGAAAGCCCAGGCUUUUUUUUUUAAAGCAAUUUAUAUUAAUCCUCUGGUUCUUGUGCCAAAGAGGCAUCUUAGGGGAAUGAGUAGAAAGCUGACCAAGUUGGGAAGACUUGAAUUCAAACCCUGCCUCUGGGUAACCCUGGGGAAAUUACUUAACUUUUUUGUGUCCCAGGCAGCUUUCAAAGACUCUUAAGUUGCAAAGCAAGUGUUAGAAAGAAGUUUGCACAUUGGGAGUACCGUAUGUCAUGGAAUCAUAGUUCUAAUUUUUAAAAUUUCUGUUGAAGGAAACAGGGAGAUAUAAUGCAUUUUAGGAAUGUGGGCUAUCCUUUUAAAAUGGUUAAAGUAAUCAUAGUUGGGAUGUUUAAAAAAAGAAAACAGUUAUCCAGGAAAUUCACUUAGGUGGAAUUGUUCCUUUCCCAAUCACUGUAAGUCAUAGCUCAUAAAAGUGAGUGUUGCAAGGGACCAGAUAAAUAAGGCAUUACUGUAUUUACCUUAUGGCUAAUUUUGUAUUGUUUACAAUCCAAGUGAAAGGGAUGAGUAAGAGGGAUGUUUGGAACCUGUGUCAGAAGUGCAGUAUAGAAAUAGAGUAAGCCCACUUUGGAGCCUCCAUUGCUGUCCAUCUCUGACCUCCCAGUUUGGCAUGCAUAUAUACACACAACCCCAAAACCAAUGUAGAGAGGUUCAACCUGAUUUUCGGGAUCUUACAGAUGAAGCACCAUUUUAGAACAAGUGCUGUCUUACUGCCCCUGGUUAACAAAUUGGCCUGUUCCCUCUCCACAGCCACUGCCUUGGACUCAACUCCAAGUUUUUUGCUCUCUAUAAUUCUUGGUAGUUUGUGCUUUAAAUCUGGGUCAAUAUUUGCCCUUAGUAGGAAAGUUCUAUUUAAAAGAAAGUCACCACCAAAGCAUACUAAGUGCCUACUCUUUUUAGAAAGCUUUAUCAGUCUAUAUGGUCAUGCCCUAUUAGUCACAGUAAUACAGUGCAAUAGAAGAGAGUUGAAAUAGAUGAUUUUGGACAUCCUCUCUAUCUCUAAAGCCAUGGUCCUCUGACACACACAAAAAAUAGGUGCUCCUGACCCUAAAUCUUUUACAUUAGAUUUUGGCAUCAGAAUAAUACUGAAACUAGAAGGUACCUUUGUAUCAUAAAAUGUUUAAUUUGGAAAGUACCCAAGAGGAAAUAUCAUGUAGCUUUCACAUAAGAGAAGAUCAAGAAAUUGAAACAGAGAGGGGGGAAGAGGGAGGAGGGACAGAGACAGAGAGACAGAGACAGAGAGAGACAGAGAGAGAGAGAGAGAGAGAGAGAGAGAGAGAGAGAGAGAGAGAGAGAGAGAGAGAGAGAGAGAGAGAGAGAGAUUGAGAUUUGUCCAAGGUUACAGGCCCAGGUCUUUUGAUUGCCUGUUGAUUGCUUCUCCUGGGACAAAUAGCUUCUUUUAAGAGCUUAGAGUUCAUUUCUUACCAUACCAUGAGAAUGGUCCACAAGAAUCAUGCUUAUGUACCACCCUUAGUGGCACAUUGCCAUAACAUCCUCCCAGCUCUGAUCCAAUGGUCUGAGGGUCCUGUGGGUAGUUGCAAUCAAUCUUCUCAUAGAUAAUGAAAAACUUUCUAGAUCACAAAGCAAGAAAAUUAUGUGACUGAUGGAAAAACAUGUAUUUUAUUUGGAAAAUGAAAGUGCUUUCUUGUUGAAAUCUAGAAAUGUCACAAGUCACAUGGACUUUUAAAAUUGGGGUUCACUACGUGGGUAAAACAACUUUUGCAUUAAUGAAACCGAGUGGAUAAGGUCCCCAGUAAAUUCCAUUCUAGGUUUUAUGUUGGUACCCUUUUUUGGACAAGUGUCCUUGGAACACCAUAAUCCAAACACCAUCCAAAUUUCAGGGUACCCAAAGGGCAAAAAAAAAACCCUUCUGGCUGCAAGUAAGCAGGGGGCAGCAUAUUUUCUUUAAUGGUCCAUGUAUAGAAGCAGCCUCAAGGAAAUGGAUGGUCAGAAAAGGAGGUUGGGUCAGUCAUGUAGUGAGAAUAAAUGACAACAGAUGGACAGCCUGAGGACUGCUCUGGUACCCACAGAAAGUUCAGAGAUCUAGAAGAAAGUUCCUGGCCUGAGGAGGAUAUAAGAGAAAACAUGAAUAAGCACUCUACACAGGAAGAGAACAAAUACUGUUGUCUGUGUCUUCUCUUUGAGCCUCUACAGGGGCUCAACCCCACUUGCUUACUUUUAAAGCACAUUGUGCUGUGUCCUGGUAGAGCACGGAUCCAUUCAAUUAUUGAAUUAUUAUUUUCCAUAUAAGUAAUUUUUCAUGCUUGGAAUUCUCUCCCUCCCUCAUUUCUGCUUCCUGGCUUCCUUCAAGGGCUAACUAAAAGUCCACCCUCUCCGAGAAAUCUUUCCGGAUCCCUUUUAAUACUAUUCCCUUUCACUCAUCAUCUCUAACAUACCCUGUCUAUAUCUUGUUUGUACAUUGUUAUUUUCAUGUUGUCUCCCCAUUAGACCAAAAGCAGGCAUUUUUUUUUGUUUUGUUUCGUUUGUCUUUGUAUCUCCAACAAUUAGCAUAGUGCCUUAGGCACAGUAAAUGCUUAAUAAAUGCUUACUUGAUUGAUUCAUACAAAUAGCUAGGAGUAAAUAGGCAGGAUUAUGAAUGUGUUUGUAAACCCAGGCCAUUAACCAAUGGUAUAAAUUGCUCUCUUAAUUAGAUUCAAUACAUGUUUACUAUGUGCAGGAUAUUGUAAGUAUGGGAGGAUCAUUUAAUCUGCCUUUGAGUCAGUGAAGCAGCUGAAAGGUGAGCAGUGAGAAGAAGAAAUAAAAGAGGCAUUAGGUCAUUUGCCUCUGGUAAUUGAAAGGUGACUAGAAAAGACCCUCUAAUUUCAGGCAGGUAUUCCAAAUGUGUUCAGGCGUGUGUGUGUGUGUGUGUGUGUGUGUGUGUGUGUGUGUGUUGUGAUUGUACGUGGGUUUUGAUCCUGACUUUCCCAAUAACUCAGUGACCUUUGGCUUCUCUGGGGCUCAUGUCUAGAGAGGAUGGACCUCUACUCACUACAGAGAAAAGCAGAAAACAUGAAAAGAGAGUGAGGAGGACCAGAAAAAUAAUAACCAAUUAGAGAGAAGAGACAGCAAGCAGAAGUAGAACAGAGGAAUAGAGAAGGGAAAGAGUCAAAGGAACCAUUUGUCUUCAUUAGUGAGAAGUCCUCCAGGACAGAGGAGGAGAGAAGAGAAAUACUAAGACAUUUUGAACAGAGGGAUGGAAAAUAGAAUGUUGUGAAGUCAUAGCAAAUGAAAAUAUAGUCUAAUCCAGUGAUAGGGAGGGAAAAGAAGAGACAUGAAAACCCCAAGGCUCUUCCUUUAGGAAAACUUUAGAAAAACUCAUAGAAUUCAGAUGUUAGAGGCCAAACCUUGGAAUACAGGAUGUAAGAGUUGAUGGAAUCCUUAGAGACCAUUUAAUUAAAUCUGCUUAUUUUAAAGAUGAGGAAACUGAGGCUCAUAGAGAAGAAACUAACUUAAUAUUGUACAACUUGAGAUCUCAAUCCAGUCCCUGUACCACUCCACCAAAAAUGUCUAGAAAAUGUCAUCACUUGUGGGGGGGAGGUGAAGAGAAGAGAGACAGACAGACACGUGUUGUAUGGGAGGCAGAGGGCUGGACUAGGAGACAGUUUGAGCACUGGGUUUGAGCAUUUAAUAGCUGUGUGAUCAGGGGCAAGUUAAUUCAUCUCUCUGAGCCAGUUUCCUCAUUUGUAAAAUCUGGAUAAUCCCUUACCUCACAGUGUUGUCAUGAAGCUCAAAUGAGAUAGAAUAUAGAUUUACUUAUUGAUGGAAGGAAACAGGUUAGGUGGUUGGUCUGUGCUGGUCUUAGGCUAGUGUCUGACAAACUCAGGGUACCAUCAUGCCUAGUAGAUGUGUUACAAUUUCACCUACAACUGCAGAAACUCACUUAGUCUUCCUACUCACCCUUGACCAAGUUUUAAAAUCGCAAUAACCUGAAAGGCAGAAACCCACAGCACUGAGCAGUGUCAAGUGGUAUAGGGAAAGGUAGCUGCUAACCCUUCUGUAUUCUUAUGAUUUCGAAGCCAGGGCUGCAUCUGCUUCUGCUCAGAGGGAUGUGUGGUGGAAGAUGCUGAGGAGGGGUAGAGUUCUGGCAAUCAGGGUUUCUAUUCUUGCCUUAAAACUCUGAACUAAGAGUCAGAAGUCUUGGGUGCCAGCCCUAGCACUGCCUUUUUCAUUGUGUGCCUUUCGCCAAGUUAUUUAACCACUUCAGGGGUCAUUUCCCUCAAGUGAAGGAGUUGAAGGGGACUUCUAAGGACCUCAACACGUGUCAUACUAUUGCCUACAUUCUAGUGUUUCCUUGUUCUUAGGACACUUUCAGCUGUAUCAUUCUAGUGCCUUGGAAGGCCCAUAGGUAAGAAACUGUCCAAAUUUCCAGAAUACUAAGUCUUGUUUAGCUAUUUAAUUUACCAUACAACCCAAGCCCAGUCUGUCCUAGGCUUCCUAGAAAGAUUGUGUCCAUACUGUAUGGGCUGCACAGUAUCCAGCAAAUGUACCAGCUGCCUAUGAUUUUUUUUCUUCCUUUUCUUGCAUUGCCUGGAGGAUUCAAUCUCAUUUUGAACUUAUGCAGCAGUCAUAUUUAAUUUCUUGAUUCAGAGCAGCUUUUGAGUUAUCCCAGUGCAUGAGUAUUAUUUUGUUCAUUGAAUCCAGCUAAAGUUUUCUCUCUCGGUUUCAUUUUACAAGUUAAAUACCCCCUAUCCACCCCCUUCUCAGAAUGUCAAGGUAUAAACUCCUAUAAGGGAGAAACAAAGUUCACCUAAAAAAAAAGUUUCCACUCAGAGAAAAUGCUUUACAGCAGAACAAUCAAAGCCUUUAAAAGUCAGGACUAGAAAUAUCGAAACUACCUUAGCUUCAAACACCCAAAUGGCACCAACAUAAUUAUACUAUUCUUCCCAAGCUAUAGCUGUGGUUAGCUGUUCUAUCUGCCAAGUCCUAUAUGAUCAGAGCAGUAGCUCUCUCAGGGAUAAGGUCUUCUGAAAAACAACACUCAGAAACACAUCUGGGAAAUAUAGAAAAUGGAUGAACCUCACAAGAAUGCUGUCCCCUAGCCUUGAACCUGUCAAAAUGUGUACAAUCCCUUCCCCUCCUUUUAGGAUUUAGAAUUAGAAAGGAUCUCUGCAAUUAUCUGGUCUAACUAAGGAGUUGUCUAAAAAGGCUAUUGUGAACACAUAGGGAUUGCAUUGGCCAGCUUAAGUUUUUAAAAAGAUGAGUUUUUUCUUUUUGAUCCAUAUCACGUAAUGCUAGUGGCUGAGUAGUAUGGCACCCCAACCCAUUUUCUACAGCUGAUAGACAUACUGAUGGGAUAGUCACUGGAAACCACUGAACAAAAACUUAGUUUAUUUAGGGUGUUCUUUCAGCCUUUAAUCCUUCUAUGAUAAUGCAAACAAUCCAUCAGCCAGUAUUUAUAAAGUAAAUACUAUGUUAUGCUCACUAUGCUAGAACUAAGGAUAUGAAGAUGAACAUGGCAUAUUCCUUGUCUUCUCAGUUAAUUUUGUCAUUUUGCAAGUCCCUGACAUGCUAAAAGAAACAAUGCAAAGAGAAGUCCAUUUAUAAGCAGAAAUCCAAUUGUCUUAUUAGACCCAUCUGCAGUCUUUCUCCUUGCCACUGUCCUCUAGAUAUAUUUCGGUACUCUCCUAACUGCUCAUCCCUUAACUCAUGACAUAUUUGCCAAUAGACUUUCCAGUCAUUUUUUGUCUAUAUCACCCCUGAGAUUAAAAUAUUCCAUAAGUUCCCAAAGUUCUGUUGGCUUAGCACUUAACUUAAAACUACCUCUUUCAAACUCCCAGAGGGAGGGAGGCAGCCCCCUAGUUCAAGUAUUCUGGGAUUUAGGGUAAAGUACAAACAAAUCUCUCUCCAUGUUUUCUGUUUAUACCUUCUGCAUUUUUAGCAAGUUAGACUUACCUUUAAGGACACACUUUAAUUUUACCUAGGUACUAUUUUUGCUGUUCAGGCAGUACCUUGGAAAUGUAGGAAUCUAUCAGGAAUAAUCAGGAAGCUAUGGUGGUUAUCCUGCUUUUUCAAGGGAAGAGACAGAGGAUUUGGUGACUUCUCAUUUUGGAAGCUGAGUUGUAACUAUUUUCCUACUGAAAUUUAAGGCCAGAAUCCCAAGAUGAGCCAUAGCUUUGGAUUUGGAGGAGGGGAGGAGGGAGCACAGGGAGGGUGAAGAGAGUUGUUCUUGUUGCUUGUAGAAGCUUUAAGGAAAUGGACCUUCCUUUGCAAGAAGUCCAUGUACUUCCUAGUGGAAGGCUGCAGAAUAGCAGUCCUCAAACUUCUUGAAUCUGUGUCCAGAGAGUAAUUUUUCUCUUCAGAGGUAGAACCAUUUUGUUUCUGCUAUUUCUUAUUUUUUGUAGAGGAAAUUAAAGAGAAUGCAGUGAACUUACUAUAUACAAAAAUUCCUUCUCUUUCUUCUUUUUCCUUUCCCUCUUCUUGUCCUACUUGAUCUCCUUUCUGUUUUCCUUUAUCUCCUUUUCUUCUUCCUCCCCAAUUGUAUCUAAGAAAUCCAUGAUUUCAUGUGUUGGUGCUUUCUCUGUAGAAAGUGAUCACAAUCCUUCUGUAUUUCAGUAUACACGUGAAAUAGUUUCUUGAAUGUUCCUUGUAUUUACCCUUUGCUGUUUGUGUAUAUGGUUGUACAUGUGUGUAUGUGUGCAUUCACAUACAUCAUAUGUUUUGUCUCUUUAGCAUCUUUAUGUCCCAUGUUAAGUACAAGAUGAAAUCUUAGGAAAUGAGUCAGUUUUAUAGUCCAUUAGUCCUUUUCUAUACUUUGGGGACCUUCCUGUAUUUGGAAACACCCCAUUGUAAAAUGGGACCUAUUUCUAGUAAUACAGUGGGUUAAGUAAAGUGCCCUUAAAAGUAUCUAUAGUUUGGGGCAGCUAGGUGGCACAGUAGAUUAAGCACCAGCCCUGGAUUCAGGAGGACCUGAGUUCAAAUUCAGCUUCAGACACAUGACUCUGGGCAAGUCACUUAACCCUCAUUGCCCCACAAACAAAACAACAAAAACAAAAAGUAUCUAUAGGUUGCCAAAUAGAGAGCCUUUCAUAAAGGGGAUAUUUUGGUCACCUUCCAUUAUACCUCAACAUUCCCUGUACCUCUUUUCCCUGAAUCCCUCCUAUCUUUUAACCACCUUAUCCUCAUUCCAAGGAUCUUUCAGGUAUACACAGGGACCAUAUGCAUUUUUGUGAUGUCAUUUAUGAUUUUUAAAAUCUCUUUAUAACAAAAGAUGCUUUCUCUUAAGACAGGAAUGUUAGCACUUUCUCAACAUUGUGUAUGUCGGCAUAUGAGACAUUUGAAUGGAGUCUUGAUCUUAUCAGUGCAAGUCCUCCCACCACCACUGCAGAUCACAACCUGUCCCUGUCCCAUCCUGUACUACUGUUUGUCUUCCUAUUAACGCUCCAUAAAGGAUGUACCCAGCUACUCUUGAGCAUUUCCUCUGAACUGUUUAAUGUUUUGUGAGUGCUAGUCUGCUGCACUUGGACUGACCAUCCAUGAUCUGUCCCUCUGACUGUAAGGCCAGCCUACCUCCUUUUUUUGUUCAUACGUGUCCCCAGUGAUGGCUGGCCAUUUCUAAGGGGGCACCAGUCAUCAAUGGUAAAAUGCUGUGGCUUGCUUAUAGGAUCGUUUGAGGAUUAGAAUUUGAAAGUGACCUUCGAAAAUCACAUAGGCCAAUUCUAAGAUUGACAGGUUUAGCUGAGGGCCAAAGAGGAAAAUGAAUAUGUGCAAAAUCAUACUUAGUAAGUAGCAGAGUUAGGAGUCAAACCCACACCCCUGACUUCACAUUUUCCACGUGUAUUAAUCAUGAUUUAUUUAAAGUACCAUAUUGACUUGGCUAAGACCAUCUGCUCGACACAGGGGAACAUGGACCACUAUAUUUUCUUAUCUAAACUGUAAAUUGUGUUUUUUAAAAUCAUAUUGCAUUUUAAACUUUUUCCUUUCUAUCAUAUUUCAUUCAUGCUGUAUCAUUAAGGGUUUGGGGGUGGGAGAGGGCUCAAAGGGUUUAUUUUUUGCUUUUUUUUGUAAACUGAU